UUCUUUAAUAUAGUUCUAUGAGUAACGUCUAGCAGAAGGUAUACCCGGUUGACGUCGCACCUAGGAUAGACGGAUGGCGAAGUUUUCCGAGAGCAGCGCCCUUACACAAAUACUUCUAAGAGCCAACACACCAGUGUAGUUUUAGGAAGCACAUUACCUCUGCCUUCAAGACCUCCAACGUUCUCUCUUUCGCAAGCGGACUCAAACGAUCCAUGUCCGGUCCUCGUUUGUCGAAACUCCAGACAGAAACGCGCUUGUUCGUGACUUUAUGCGUAGCUACCUGCACCCGCCACAAGCCUACGUUUACAGAUGGUAAUCCUGCCAUUGGCAGUGGACUUGAAGAUCCCGAAGGACCAGGCGUUGAUGAUCUGCUUCCAUUUGAGGUUGUUCCAAUGUUGUAUGACUGAGAAAUGGCGGUGCGAGCAAAAAAGGAGGUAGCAGCUGCGAACAUGCUGUUCUAAACCCUUUGCCUGUUGUCCAGAUAAUUUGUUUCCGC